AGGACAGAGUUGCACAGAUGGUCCUGGGGCCAUCCCAGCCCUCGCCCCAGGCCCUCCCACAAUGCCCGGAGCGAAUCCCAGGCCCGAGGCGCUGCUUAGACACCCUGGCACCGGGCACGUCUAAGUCGCUCUGUCUCUCUCUCAGGUUUCCCGCCCUCUGCCCAGCCGUGCACAAUGACUCUCUUCGAUGGCGUCUACCCCUUCUACCCUCAGCCGAGGAAGGCCUACGCGUUCGAUGUCAGCUCCAUCAUCGUCAUCGCCGUCUUCCUAUCGCUGGGGCUCAGCUUCCUGCUCAUCCUGCCGGGGAUCCGGGGCCGAGCGAGGCUGUAUUGGCUACUCCGGGUUAUCCUGAGCCUUUUCAUUGGGGCGGUGAUUGUUGCUGUGCAGUUCACCGGGGACUGGGAGACUGGCCAGGUGACAGCAAACACCUCCUACAAAUCCUUCAGCCACACCAUGGUGAACGCCGACGUUGGCCUGCACAUCGGCUUGGGGGGAGUCAACGUCACGCUAGUAGGGAACCCAGUGAAUCAGAUCAAUGAAACCAUCAACUACAACGAGCACUUUGCCUGGCGCUUUGGAGUAAACUACGACCAAAUCUACAACGAGGGCCUGGCGAAGGGGCUGCCCAGCCCCAUCCUGUAUGUGGCAGAGAAGUUCAGCCAGCAGAGCCCCUGCGGCGUGUACAGCCAGUACAGAAUCUCCGGCCACUACGCAUCAGCAACUCUCUGGGUGGCAUUUUGUGCUUGGCUCAUUUCCAACAUGCUGUUCUCCAUGCCAGUCCUGGUCUACGGGGGCUACAUGAUCCUGGUCACUGGGGCCUUCAUGAUCUUCUCGCUGCUCUCCUUCUCCACGGUCAGGAACUCCCCCAUGUGCGCCAUCCAGUUCGGUCCAGCCUCCUUGCAGACUGUCUACGGGGCAUCCUUCUGGCUCACACUUGCAACAAGCUUGCUUUGUUUCCUGAUUGGGGUGGUAGUGGUUGCGCUGCACCAUCUCCGACCUAAGGCACUGAAAGCCUUCUUUGAUCUGAGCGAGGACGAAGAGGAAGGGGAUGCGAUGCUGGGGGAAGCAUAUGGCAACCCCCACUUCCGGGCAAGCAAAAAGAAUCCUUAUGACAACUUUGCACUGACCAUUGAGGCGGUCUAGAGGAAGCUCCUCCUCCCUCCCUAGUUGGACCCUAAGCACGAGGAAGCAGAGCACUAAGGAGUCCAGAUCCUUCUCCAGCUCUUCACCGAGAUCGAACUCACACGUCCUGCUGGCACCUGAGAGAUCAGCAAGCGCCUUGCCACGCUCUGCUGGGCUGAGAACCCUCCAAGUUCGUCUCCUCUCCAGCGAUCUCCAGAGAAAGGGAAGACGCUGCCUCGGAGUUGCGCUGCAUAGUCGCUCUGCUCAAAUGGGUUCCCAGGGGCCGUUUCCGCUUGCACUUCCACACCCUUUCUGGAGUCAAGUCAAAACUCUCCCUUUUCCCACUGGACUCACAUCCAGCUACAGAUGUUGAACCCACGAGUAGGGGGAAUGGAAUCUUGCAUGGAGGGGCUGUGACACCCACAUAUAAUAAGUAUGUGAGAGACACUCGGAUCCUGCAGGCAGGACUGAAGUGCUACUGGCAUCCAGUAUUCUACGUAACAGACUGAAAAGGCCAAACCUAAUAUGAAGAAUAUUGAAGCUUUUUAGUAUGUUCAAUGAGCAGCUCUGGGCGGGGGGGAGGAGGGGAGAUCGCAAAGAACAAUAAUCAAGUCAUGCAAUGACGAUCCCUAAUGAGCUGCCUCCUGGUGCAGUCCCGCUGGUCAGCACUAUAACUCUCUCUGUUAGGGAGGGCAGCUGGAAUAUUGGCACAACAAGACAGCAGGGGAGCAUUGCACUAAAGCACUGCCAGCAACCAGGUUAGGUACAGCAAGGGGGUAGAAGUACCUUCAUGGGGAGCAAACGUUGCCAAGUAAAGGGCUCUAAUCUAGCAGCAAAAGGCAGCACAAGAACCAAUGGCCAGAGGUUAAAGCCAGCCAAAUUCAAAGUGGAGAGAAGGCCCCAGUUGUUAACAGUGAGGGAGCAUAACGACUGGCACAAACUCCCAAGGCAGGGGUGGAUUCUCCAUCUCUGGAAGUUUUCAAGUUCCAGCUGGCACCUUUCUGGGCCUCACAGCCUUUAGGGCCAGAAGGGACCAUCACAGCCUCCUGCGUGUUACAGACCACAGAACCUCCCCCACCCACUCUGGCAAAAGGCCCAUAACACAAGUUAUGGGGCUCAAUACAGGGGCAACGGGGGUGAAGUUCUCUGGCCCAUGCCAUAUAGGAGGGUUACAUUCGAUGAUUGAAUGGUCCAUUCUGGCCUUAAAAACUGUGUAUCCUUGCCUGCUUCAGCAGCCACAUGGGGCAGGCGCUGUAUGCUGCCUGUAGCUAAUAGCACAGCCAUGGGCCUAAUCCACUUGCUGGAACAAGGGCUUAGGGAGGUUUCACUUUAAAAAGAGAUGCAUUGGGUGGGUACAAAGCUGAAUGACUCCUAAAGCCAUGGAUUCAGUCCCACGUACCAGUCACACCCCAGGUCCCACGGCUUCGCUGGCACCUGAGCCAGCAAGUCCUCUGUCUUAGGCCAGCCCACGCUCAUGUUCCUCCUGUAGCUCUCAAACCCUAGGGGCCACACCUGGGGCCUCGCCCCUUGGAGAUCUAGCUCCCUGUUCCCCCUGGGGAGGCAGCACUUGGGUUCACCAUCACCUACUGCUUCCAGAGACCCUGCUGUCACCUCCCUGGUGCUGUGAGUCACCAUCCUGGGGCCAGCUCUCUGAGUUCUCUGUAAAUCUCCCUGUGGUCAGCCAAGCCCAUGGCAAGUGGUUCUAUGAAUGUGCUGGGGCAAAGGUUUUGUGGGGUAAGUGCCCACAGGCAGGCGAGCUCCACAAAGGAGACACUAAGGCUGAGCGUGGGGCCCACAGGCAGGUGGUCACAUGGCAGCACCUGACUGUCUGACAGUGGGCAGGCGGUGGGCGACCAGGCCCUAGCUCUGCGUGUCUGUUGGGCAGGAAUGCAGGUGUGGGGAAUGGGACUGCGCAGACAGCCAUGCCAUUGUGGGGGCUGGCUUCCUAAGAGAAUCUUCCCACAGGGCCCAAUUCUGUGAGGUGCUGAGCGGCUCUCCAGCUGGAGGCACACGCGCCAGUCCUGGGGCUGCACAAAAGGAAAGCAGCGUGUUUGAAGUGGCCUGGCUCCCUUUGCUAAACCUGGGCCUGACCUCAAGUGAGCUAUGACCCAGCGCGCAGAGCCAGCGCUGCGGUGUGCAGCCGCUCAGGGGAUUGGGCGACUCUCUGUACUAAGUUGGUCCUGAGAGCAGGCGUCACCUCACACUGAGACUCCAUCAUCUCGUGGCUGGCUCCCCUUGGCUGGGCUGACCUCUAUUUAUCCGACAUCCCCUGCUGCACUUCAACAUCUGUGCACAUGUGAUUUGUGAUAUGUCCGGGUGAGUUUUGGAGUUUGUGUAUUUAUGCUAAGAAUACCAUAAUAAAAACAAGAGAAGUGUAGCAACGUGCAGGCUCCUGACCUUUUCUGAUUGGCUGGGCCAGCUCCCAGGGGCAAUUCACAC